ACACUGAGCAAUCCUCACUUCUCCAACACUGCUCCAUCUCUACUUGGAUCCCUCUGGGAUUGGCCAUCAUGCAGAAGAUGCUCCUCUCUCUCCUCCUCCUCAUCAGCCUCGUGGGCUCUCUCGCCCUGGAAGAUCUGGAAGGGAAGGCAUUGGUUUUCCCGGAGGCAUCAGACACAGCCCAUGCACGCUUGAAGACCACGAUCCAGCAGCCCCUGACGAGCUUCACCCUGUGCCUAAGAUACCUCACAGAAAUAAAGCACAUCCAACCCCUUUUCUCUUACGCAAGCAAGAGGACUGACAACGAGAUUCUUCUCAACAGAAACAAUAUUGGCUACGAGCUUUAUAUAGAGGGGCUUACCAAAGUAGACUUCACGGUUCCGGAAAUAUUAACCAGUAACUCUGUUGGGGAGCACGUUUGCGUAAGUUGGGAGUCUGCCACAGGUUUAGUUGAGCUCUGGGUGAACGAGAAGCCCUUGGUCCGGAAGAGCUUGCAGAAAGGUCACUCCGUCAGUGCUGAAGGAUCCAUUGUUAUCGGGCAAGAACAGGAUACCUUUGGAGGGGGCUUUGAUAUCAACCAAUCCUUUGUAGGGGAGAUCACAGACUUGUAUAUGUGGGACCGUAUUCUGUGCCCCGACGAGGUGGUCCUUGCCUUUCACAACUACCCUCUUCCUGGCUACCUGAUUAACUGGAGAUCAUUGAGUUACAGCAUCAGAGGCUAUGCCCUUGUUAAGCCUGUCUUGCUGUCUGCCCAAAGAGCUGGGUAGGGGUGGCAAAUGACACACUGGUCUAGGAAGGCGGAGAGGGGAGAGCAAGUUAACCGAACAUUUCUGCAGGAUAAUUCAGUCCAUAAAUACUGCUCUACUAAUCUCAAAUAACAACGUAGUAACUGUAGUCCAUAUAGUAGCCAUUGUACUACUGAAGCAGUACCUAUUACAUCGCUGUGGAGGCUUAUGUGGGGAAAUCAGAUUAGCCUGUACACUCCCACA